CUUGCCUCCACACUUCAGAGAAAUGUUAUUUGACAACGCUUGUACUGGUGAUAGCCGGGUCAGCCCAGCUGCUGCUGUCGUACUUGGGAAAAUCCGAUGGGGGCUGAUGCUGAUGUUGUCUGUUUUUAUCUAUGGCUCCCAUGCACCACUCCUGACUCUCAGUAAAGAAAAUGGCCAGAUCCCAUUCAGUGCCUCCUCUGUGGUGGUUUUGAUUGAGUUAACCAAGUUGAUGCUCUCACUAGUCUUCCUGAUGAUCUGGGGCUGCGGACAACAAAAGCUAUCUGUGUCAUGGCAUCAUGCUGCUCCCUUUGCUCUUUCGGCAUUGCUCUAUGCAGCCAACAACAACUUAGUAGUUCAUUUGCAGCUGUUCAUGGAUCCUAGUACCUUCCAAGUGCUCAGCAACUUGAAAAUUGGAAGCACCGCCCUCCUAUUCAGCAUGUUCUUGCACCAAAGACUGACUGCCCGCAAGUGGCUAGCUCUUUUCUUGUUGAUUGCUGCUGGAGCCUUUUAUACAUAUGGAGGCCUGCAGGACCCACAGCACAUGCCUGCUUCUGACAUGCAGUUGCACAUCACCCCCAUUGGCUUAGUGCUGAUCUUUCUAUAUUGCCUGAUCUCUGGCCUUUCAGCAGUCUACACUGAAGUUGUCUUGAAGACCCAGGAUCUGCCUCUUAACCUCCAAAAUGCAUUUCUCUACUUUUUUGGUGUUUUGCUGAACAUAAUCAUCCAUCUGUCAAGCAGCUCAGGGGCUGGGUUCCUGGAGGGUUUCUCAUUUUGGGUUCUGUUAAUUAUUGUGAGUCAAGCCUUGAAUGGCUUGAUAAUGUCUGUGGUCAUGAAGCACAGUAGUAACAUCACUAGACUCUUUGUGAUCUCCUCCUCUAUUAUGGUUAAUGCUUUGCUCUCUGUCCUCCUAUUUGGUCUUCAUCUAACCACCUUUUUUUUCCUUUCUGUUUUGCUGAUUAGCUUCGCUGUUUACUUUUAUUAUGGAAUCAAAUAGCUUCCUUGCCUCUGUAUCUUUAGAUAAAUCAUUUAUAUGGAAAGAAUUUGCUGCUUAUAGAUUUUACCUUGAAAAGAGUAUAAUAGAAUGCACAAGUACUUUACACCUCCCUUGUGAAUGGCUUAAUAGCUAUUGUUUCAUACUUCUCCCUGGGCUCAGAAAAAGUAUUUGUUUGGCUGAGCUGCAGCUUAAACCUAGUAUGCUAGAUCAUUAGCCAGCAAGCAUAGUUUGAGGAAGCAAAUUGUUAUCUAAAAGCCCACUUUCCUGUCAUUUUGAAUAGGCAUUGGUGGAAAAGAGAAGAGUUGUAUGUAUUCUGUAUAUAGCUGGUUUCAUCCCACAAGAGGUUAAAAAUUAUGCUUCCUUUUUUUGGUUACAGCUCAGUAGGAUCUGCCACUCCUGGUAUCAAACAGGAAACUGGACUCCAAUAUAUCACUCCUCUACUCCUCCCCACUGUAUUGUCUACCUAGUGUCUAGAUUCAUGAGUCCUCAAAAGGAAAGAAUGAAUUAUUAUUUCUUAUUGAGCAAAAGCAGUCUCCCAGGCUCCCAUUUCUACACUUGUGGAAAGGGAAGCUCAGUAUCUUUCUUUUCUUUUUUAACUAACACUUUCAUUGUUACUAAUCUAGAAGAGUGUAGUAUGAACAGCUAUUUAUUCUGCACAGGGAAGUGUUUUGCUUUUGAUGUUCUUGGCAGAGGUUCUGCUUCAACCCAGUGAUUACAAAUGACAAGUGCCUUUUGCAAGUUAAUGCCCUUCUGUGUUUGUCUGCUCCUGAAAGAGUCCAUUGCUACCAGAUAGUUUGUGAUGAGUUGUGAAUGUUUUGUAAAAACCCUCCAAAAUAAAUGGAGCACAGUUUCCUGUUACAUUUCUCUGGACGUUUUCCAAACAGGACUCAUUUCUCCCUUUCAGUAUUGAAACUGAAUGUGUAGACCUGCCUCAAUAUACAGCCAGAGGUUCCAGCCAUGUAAACACACAUGCUUAGCUUUUCCAGGUGAU